GUUAAAGGAAAUCAUCGCAGCAGGGGCUUCGAACACUUAGUCCUAGUGAGCUGCUCGGUGGGAGAGGUUUUGGUUAGAUAUGUAACCCCGCUGAAAAGACCUUUGCACACUUUCCUGUCGGUGUUGAGGCUCGGCCUUUCAGCUGAAGGUCACUCGCGUUCAUCUGGUCCGGGACAGGGGCCACUACAGGGCGCAGGUCGGAGAGGAGAAGCACACAGGGAGAGAGUUAGAUAACCGUGGAGAGGCGCAGAAAUGUUCUGUAAGCCGCUGGUAAGAAAUAGUCUGCUGGUGUUAAAGCAGGAUUCUCUGACUGGACUGAAAUGCGUCGCGUCGGCGGGUGUGAACGCGAGACGCCAGAACUCCGUGUCCCAGUGCAGCGGAAAACCCAAGACCAUAGACGACUUGGGCGGACCCAGCUUCCUAACAUCUCUAUACUGGCUUUUCGGCAAAGGCUAUUUUCAGAUUACUCACCAAAUGCAGAUUGAGCACAGCAAAAUCUACGGUCCUCUGUGGAAGUCCAAGUUCGGGCCAUUAGUGGUCGUGAAUGUUGCCAGAGCAGACCUCAUAGAGCAGGUACUAAGACAGGAGGGCCGUCACCCCAUUCGAUCUGACAUGCCCCACUGGAGAGGAUACCGGGAGCUCCGCAACCAGGCUCAUGGCCCUCUCACAGGGAUGGGGGCAGAAUGGCAACGCAUAAGAAGCAUCUUGAACCCUCGCAUGUUGAAGCCCAAACAUGUGUCAGGCUACAAUAACUCCAUAAACGAGGUGGUAGGAGACUUUGUAGAGAAGGUGGCUUGGCUACGGGCAACAAAAGGCAAUGGCGUAAUGGUGAAUAAUCUUGCUGAAGAACUCUACAAGUUUUCAUUUGAAGGGAUAUGCUCUGUGAUAUUUGAGACCCGGCUUGGCUGUCUGAAUGAUGAGAUCCCUGAGGAAACACAGAAGUUCAUCUUUUCUGUUGGAGAAAUGUUCCGGCUUUCGCACAUCGUUGUCCUUUUCCCAAAGUCUGUGUGGCCAUACCUACCCUCUUGGAAGAAAUUUAUUGCUGCUUGGGACUACCUUUUCAAAGUUGCGGAUGAUCUAAUUCAGAAAAAGAUGGCAGACAUUCAGGAGAAGGUGAAACAGGGACUUCCUGUAGAUGGGUACCUUACUCACCUGCUGCUCAGUGAGCAAAUGACCUCCACCGAGGUGCUGGGAAGCAUCACUGAACUGUUACUAGCUGGAGUCGACACGACAUCCAACACUAUUUCCUGGGCUCUAUACAAUUUGGCUCGAGAUCCAGAGUCGCAGCAGAGACUCUACGAGGAAGUAAUCAGCGUUUGUCCAGGUGACACGGUGACUUCCAGUGAAGAUAUCAGCAGGAUGCCUUGGCUCAAGGCUGUUGUUAGAGAGACACUUCGGUUAUAUCCUGUGGUGCCAGGGAAUGCUCGAAUCACCGCUGAAAAUGAAAUAGUGGUGGGUGGUCACCACUUCCCUAAAAAUACGCUGUUCCACUUGUGCCACUAUGCGGUGUCCUAUGAUGAGAACAUAUUCCCAGACCCCCAGAAGUUUUCACCACAGCGCUGGCUGAGGGAAGAGAAGCAGUUGAACCAGCACCCAUUCGGCUCUGUGCCGUUUGGAUUCGGCAUCCGUGCAUGCUUGGGAAGAAGAAUUGCAGAGCUAGAAUUGUAUCUCAUCUUGAGCCAGUUAAUAAAACGCUACGAAGUGCGACCAGAUCCCACAGGAAAGACCGUGAAGCCAAUUACAAGAACUGUGAUGGCCCCAGCCACAUCGAUUGACCUUCAGUUUAUUGACAGGCCAGUCAGGCAGAAAACCUCUGUCUGAUAACAUAGAGUAAACCGUCCCGAAACUGUUAGCAAACUACUUUAGACUACUAUUUUACACUGCUGUACUUUUCUUAAUGAGGCAUCUAAUGGCUGGAUUUUAAGAAAGUAAAACACAUAAAGAUGAUAUUCAUUGUAUUACUCAUAGACCAUAAGGAGUACAACCGUAUACCGAGUUGUGUUGGGUACUGACAAGUAUAAUGAAACUGUCUAACUGGUUGUAAUUUGGGUUUAAUUUUAAUAUUUAAAUGUGAAAAUAAUUCACCCUGAAAUAACCUGAUUUGUUUAACUGUGCGAAAUGCAGUUUUAAUCUUUCCUAUAAAUGUGGGUUGACAAAUUCCUCGCUAUGGGUUCUGUCUUAGUAAAUACAAUGGCACCACCAUAAGGUCUAAUAUAGAAAUACAGUACAGUGGAACCUUGAAUUAUGAGCAUAAUUCGUACCGGAAGCGGGCUCGUCAAAUGAGUUUUCCCAUUAGAAAUAAUGGAAACACAAAAUAUUUGAUUUCCACAGCCCAAAAAAAUAAAUACAUAACAAUAAUUAACACAAAAUAUAAAGUAAAAUAAAAAAAUUAACAUGCACUUUACCUUUGAAAAAAAUCGCGAAAGAGCAGUGUUUCUGUGUAGAGCAGAGAGAAAGUGUGUGUGUCUGUGUCUGUGGAGGCGAGCGUAGGAGGGGGCUUUGGGUGUGUGUGGCACAGUUUCCAAUUAUGCGUGUGCAAACAGACACAAAGAACAGGCUGAGCCUUGAGCAGAGAGAGAAUGGAUCUUUAACCUCAAUAAUGAGACUUGCUUUUGCUUUACAUGCGCGCUGUACACACACGCAUACAGACACAAAAUAAAAUAUGUUUUACACACACGUGGUCACAGUGUAAUAGUAAACAGUACACACAUGCAUGGAUGUUGAUUAUACCAGUAGGACACGUGCACUAAGACCCAGCAGGGGAGACGAUUUCCCACAAUUCCGCAGCGCAAGAGAGAAAAACUGUUGGCUUAGUUGUGACCACGUGACACUCGGGGUCAAAACAAGAAGCGCAUGCGUGAUACAUGAUACCCGAUGCUCGUAAACCAAGACCUGUUCGUUUUUCAAGUCAAUUUUUUUUUUUUAAUCUUUGCUCAUCUUGCGAAAAACUCACAAACCACCUUACUCAUAAUCCAAGGUUUCACUGUACACAUUAAGAAAUGGUAAAAGCAAACAUGCACAUUUACUUUUGAUAUCUUUGAAAUGCUUGUUGUAAUUAAAUACUUAUUGAUGUUUAAAAAAGGGCUCUUAAUCAGUGUUUGUAUAACCUUUUACAUAACUAUGCUAUUAUGAUAAAAGAAAUAAAGGUUAUGAUGAAAUGAAAUGUACAUUUUCCUCAAAA